CUUCUUUGCAUAUGUAUUAGAGAUUUAUCUUAGUUCAGUAUAUGAAAUUUUAGUCUCUAAAACUUGAUCACUGUCAUAAGCACCAAUUCUUCAUUAAUGGAAUCUGAAAUUCUAGGCCUUUUCGCUACAGUUGAAUUUACUGGUAAUAAUAAUUGAGUCUAUUGUCAAGGGAGUUUUUUUCUUUCAUUUGGCUAUGAAAGCAAUAAGUGUCAAAAAUGUUUGGCGGUUGAUCAACCCUGGCAAUACUUAGAAAGCUUCUGGAUUAAUGUCGCUACAGUUGGACCAACCUUGGCAAUACCCAAAAGCAUUAGCUCAUCUCACUAUGAUGAUGCUAAUUUCUGAUGAGGUAGUUUAUGAUCUUCCUUAGUCAAAUAAAUUCUGACAAAUUAUACAUAUUUUAUUCAAGGAAUUAAUAGUAGGGAAAAACAUUUCAAUCAAUGGAUGUGUUGAGUGAAAUUAUGGCUAUCUGUCAUGAUUAAUGGGAUACAACUUUCACUGGCGACAGCCUGUUUCCAACAAAGCUCCCCCUUACCACCCCCACCCCACUCCCUCUAUCUUCUCCCCCCCAUUUUCCCUCACUCUUCUCUUCCAUCAAUCCUCUCUCUCUUCUUCUUCUGUGCUUAGGGUUUUUUUUUCUUCUUCUUCUUCCGAUUCUCACUAGAUACAAGAAGAUUCAGGAUUUGUGUUUCUCAGAUCAAGAUUUCUCCGUUUGGGGAAUCACGUUGAACAUAGAUAGAGUUCAUUGUUUGAAGAAGUUUGUAAAAAGGAGGGUGGAAUUGGUGUUUUUUGGUGUGCGGGUUGGUUGGUGAUUAGAUCUCGAGACUGUUGAUAUAUGGUAGUUUUGAGGUGGAGAGAUUGAGAGGAGUUAAAUCUGUGAUUUUCGAGGAGGAGGGAGGAGGGAGGGUUUUAGGUGGUUGAGGGGUUUCAGGUCUCCAUGCUGUCAAAGAGCAUGCGUGCAAUUUGUGGUUUGGGUUUUGAACUCAAAGGGAAGAAGAUGCAUCCACCUUUGACUCUACAUAGACACCCUUUAUGUGCUGAUAUAAUUGAAGAGUUUCAGAAGUGUCAUACAGACCACCCACUAGGGAAAUUCCUUGGGCAAUGCACAGAACUGAAAGUAAAGCUUGACCGGUGCUUUAGGCAGGAAAAAGCUAUAAAGAGGAAAGCAAAUUUUGAACAGAGCAAGAAGUUGAAAGAGAGGCUCCAGGCUUACAGGAAAGAAACUGCUGAAAUGCAAUCUUGAAUCUGAUAAUAGUUAUGUUGACAAGACACUGUUGUGCAAUAUUUCAACACGCGAAGGAAAGCUUAAUAGCUGGGAUUUAUCAGAGAAAGAUUGGUGAAUAGAAUGGUCGUUCGUCUAUUCUGUUGUUUUAAAGUGAAAUAAGAUGUAUAGACACAAGAAUUGUAGCAACUUAUCAGACCAUUCAAUUUUGGUGCCUGGAAAAUGUCAAACAUCAAAAUACUGAAAUGAUUGUGUGAACUGAUAGAAGGUUCCUGGUGAGAGGUAGCUACCCUUUUAGUAUUAGUUGAGGUGCGUGCAAGUUGAUUCUAACACACAAUUUCGAAAAAUAAUAUAAGUGCAGUAGCUUGAUUCUUUUUGAGUUUUA